UAAUACCUUCGCCAUCUUCCCUCAUCCAGGGCCGACUCGAUGCCCCAUAUUUACGUACAAGCGUCGACUUCGAGCCGUUAUCGAGCGGCUUAUCGGGGACCCUGAAAGAGCUCAGUGCACGGACAGCUCCCCUCUUCCCAAGCCCCCGUUCCAGAGCAGUGGCAUCCUAUUCGUCUUCCUACAUCAACUGCAGCACAGAGAGAACAAGAACCGACUGUAAUCUCAGGCCGCAGGAGUGGUCCACUGGGGAGGCCGAGACUCCGCGCAGACUCUUGACGGAUGACGUUUCAUUCCCCGGUGUACCGGUUGUGGUUCGUUGGGAUCCCUCCGCUGCGUCGCUUGGUUCUUCGUGUGAUACGUCAACGAGCAGCCUGCCUCCUUCCGCCCCACCAUGGCGCCUGGGUCGUCGAGCUCUCGCCAGCGCUCCUACGAUUACGACUCACUCGACCCGCACUCUACGGCGCCGACAAUGACCGAGCAUUCCCCACUGCUUCUGUACGACACGACUCUCCUUUCAUACGACACGAAUCCCGCGCGCGGCCAAUCGGUGUCGGACGCCCACGGGCACGGCGGGGACCCAUGCGAGCAGGAUCCUCCCCGACAAAUCACACCAAGCGGCCUUGAUACCAUCAUCACUAAAUAUAUAACUGACCUUCGCCAAUGCAUCCGCUUUCCGGAAACGCUCGUCCUUGCGAACACGGCUAGCACCGCUCGCGACCACCUCGCGUCCGAGCGCACGUUCCUGGCGUACAUCCGCACGGGGCUGAGCAUCGCGUCCGCUGGCGUCGCAUUAGCGCAGCUCGUCUCGAAUUACGUCGAGGAGCUCGGCAUCUCCGGUCCGAAUUUCACGCGCUACAUGAUUGGCCUCGCCGGGAGUGCAGUUGUCCUCGGGCUGGGUGUCAUUUUUCUGGGUUCUAGCCGAUACUUUGCCAUCCAGAGAGCGCUGCUUGAUGGACAAUUCCCUGUGACGCGGUUUUGGAUAGGGGGCAUCGCAUUUCUUCUGGCCAUGUUGAUAUUCAUAGCCUUCACUUUGCUUAUCGUAUCUUGAAUGGAUACAUGCACUCGUUUGUGUGCUUCGGUUGUCUCUCACAA